ACGGCUCAUAAUCCUCCCCGUAUUUCCUGCAUGUAAGAAAGAAAGAGAGGAGCUUUCGAAAGCAAGAGCACUCAAUGCUCUCUCAUGGAAGAAGAGAGGGCGAAGCUGUGGCCCUAGAUACGGCAAAAAUGGAGCUUCCUUUCUGCAAGAAGGCCAGAGCCGCUCGCCGUAAGAGGCUGGAGAUCCGACGUCUAAGAUCCGCGGAUUCGAUUCAAGAUCUUGAAGCCGAUGGUCAGGAUAGCACCAAAUCUUCAAAGAAGAGGCGGGGAGAGAUAAUUCCCUCGGGUUGUAGAAGGAAAGUUGAAGAUCGUAAAAGCAGUAGUUCGGAUAGCGGUUCUUCUUCGGAUUUGGACGGAAUAUUAUCAGAAGGGAGUAUUUCGAUCGGAAUAUUGGCGACCGGCGGUGAAGUCGUCGGAGAGGAUCUCAGGAACACCCCGUGUCGAUCGCACGGGUCGGUGUCGAUAUGUGGCCGAAGGCGGGAGAUGGAGGACGCUGUCACGGUGGCGCCAGCGUUCGCCUUCGCCGGCGACGCCGUGCGGUUCGAUUUCUUUGGGGUGUAUGAUGGCCACGGCGGGAGCCCGGUGGCCUACGCCUGCCGGGAUCGGCUCCACCGGAUCGUCGCGAGGGAGAUCGAGAGGUGGGCCCCCGCCGUGGCAGCGGGGGAGUUUGAUUGGAAGGAGCUGAUGGAGGCUUGCUUUGCGGAGAUGGACAACGAGGUCGGGCCAGAUGUUGCUGCGGCCAGGGAAGAAGCGGCUACCGCUGCGUCGAAGACCGUGGGGUCCACUGCAGUGGUGGCGUUGGUGGGAACGGAAUGCAUCGUCGUGGCUAAUUGCGGGGAUUCAAGGGCUGUGAUUUCACGUGGUGGGGUGGCGGUCCCGCUUUCGAGAGAUCAUAAGCCUGACAGGGCAGAUGAGAUGGAGAGAGUGGAAGCAGCUGGUGGGAGGGUCAUCAACUGGGACGGUUACCGUGUCUUGGGAGUUCUUGCUACUUCUAGAUCUAUAGAGCCUGCAGGGGAUCAUUACUUGAAGCCUUUUGUGAUAUCUGAACCAGAGGUCGUCGUCAGCAAACGGACGGACAAGGAUGACUUCCUGAUACUGGCAAGUGAUGGUCUGUGGGACGUGGUGUCGAAUGAAAUGGCUUGCGAGGUCACGAGGCGGUGUCUUGCUGGGCGAUCAACAAUGACGAUGACAGCCAAGGGUUACAACAAGAGUAUAGGCGGAGGGAAGGCUGCAGAGGCAGCCGCUUUGUUGGUGGAGAUCGCUAUGGGUCGAGGGAGUAAAGACAACAUUAGCGUUGUGGUGGUUGAACUAAGGAAAUCACGAAGACAACAUUAGCGUUGUGGUGGUUGAGCUAAGGAAAUCAUGCGGCAACGACCACCUUUGAUAUGUAUAUCAUACUGCAUGCAUAGGUUUCUUUCAUUUCGAUCAUUUUCUCUUUUCUCCCCCCUUCAUUUCCUUUCCUUUCUAGUGAGGCUGUAAUUUGAAAUGAAUGUAGAGAGAAUUGCCGAUA